AUACGCUUUAGCAAAGGUGCUUAGCCUAACCACUACGCCGAUUCUACUUGUCCUCAUUUGACACAGUCUCCCAUGGAUGAUUCAGUGCAGCCAAUGUACUUGGCUACCGUAUUCUUCUACCUCGCAAGCAUUUUGGUCCUCUACAUCAUCACAAAGCACUAUCUUCACAAGAUUCAAAAUCUCCCACCAUGCCCAUAUCCUUCCCUACCCAUCAUUGGGCAUCUCUAUCUCCUCAAGAAGCCCCUUCAUCGAACUCUAUCCAAGAUCUCCAAACGCCACGGCCCAAUACUCUUCUUUAGGUUUGGUUCUCGCCCGGUACUUGUUAUCUCAUCCCCUGCAUUCGCCGAAGAAUGUCUAACUAAGAAUGACAUCAUUUUCGCCAACCGUCCUCAACUCUUGGCCGGAAAACACUUAGGCUACAACUACUCGGCUCUGACCUGGGCUCCCUACGGCGAUCACUGGAGAAACCUAAGGCGAAUCUCGUCGCUCCAAAUUUUGUCCCCCCAUCGCCUUCAAAUGCUUUCAGGAAGUCGCGUUGAGGAGAUCAAGACAAUGCUUAGCAAGCUUGCUGAUAAACCAAAUCAGACGGUGGAUAUGAGGAAUCUGUUUUUUGAGCUGACGAUAAAUUCCAUGAUGAGGAUGAUAGCUGGGAAGCGAUAUUAUGGAGAGAACCUGAGCGAUCUGGAGGAAGCUAAGAGGUUUCAAAAGAUAAUUGCGGAGACUGUGCGGCUGGGCGGUAAAAUGUUUAUCAGGGACUUCUUGCCAUGUAUGGGGUGGAUUGAACUUGGAGCCAAAGAGGAGGAGUUGAGGGAGUUGCAGAAAGGGAGAGAUGGAUUCAUGCAGGGUUUGAUAGAUGAGAAUAGAAGAAGAAGAAGAAGAAAAAGAAUAGGGAGUGGUUGUUCUUCUUCAUCUGGAGAGAAGAAGACCAUGAUUGAGGUCCUCUUGUCGCUACAAGAACAAGAACCUGAGUAUUAUACAGACGAAAUCAUCAGGGGCCUCGUCCUUAUUUUGCUGAUUGGAGCAACAGAGACUUCCAUAAAUACUUUGGAAUGGGCACUUUCGCUUCUGCUCGACCAUUCAGAAGUUAUUAAGAAGGCCCAAAUCGAAAUCGACAAGCAAGUAGGACAUGGACGUCUGCUCCAAGAAUCGGAUAUCGCUCAACUUUCUUGCCUCUGCAACAUUAUAAAAGAGACACUUCGUAUGCAUCCGCCGCUACCACUGGCAGUACCUCAUGAAUCCUCAACCGAGUGCACGGUGGGAGGAUUUCAUAUCCCCCGUGGCACUAUGCUAUUAGUGAAUCUAUGGAGUAUACAAAACGAUCCCAAUACAUGGGUGGACCCUGCAAAGUUCAAUCCAGAGAGAUUUGAAGGGUUAGAGGAACCGAGAGAUGGAUUCAAGUUUCUGCCAUUUUCGUCUGGAAGGAGGGGCUGCCCUGGAGAGGGCUUGGCUAUGCGUACGGUUGGCUUGACAUUGGGAUCACUCCUUCAGUGUUUUGAAUGGGAGAGAAUUAGCGAGGAGAUGGUAGACAUGAGCGAAGAGGUUGGAGCCACCUUGUCGAAGGCUCAUUCCUUGCAUGCUAAAUGCCGGGCACGCCCAGCUAUGGGUAGCCUUCUUUCUCAAAUUCGAACCAAUUGAGCCCACUAGAAUUUUUUAAUUAUUCCAUAAGUUCUGAGGCUUCUGUUACACCUGGGUGGGGGAUCAUGCGCGUAGAUCCAAGAUGGUGCUUGCAAUUUACUGAUUGGGAAGUGGAUUGCUAGUCUAUCGCGAGUAUUUCAAACUCAAUGUAUGUACACUCUUUUCGAAUGGUGAAACUUCCCUCAUAAUAAUUAAGAGGAGAUCAUGUUCUUGUCUUGAGCCUCCAAUCUCAAUUUGUUGAUAGAAAAUUGUUAUAAUUGUCUCAUUGCUGUAA